AUGAGACAGCAGACUGGUAAGCGUCCCCGCCAACACAGGGAAUAUGAAAGAGAAGAAAGGAAGGACCAACACAAGAGGCCAUUUCCCCAUGCUCAGGAGAGCUCUAACAAUGAUGGACUGGUUCUUUACCGUAUACUCUGUCCAGACAGUUUGAUUGGUAGUGUCAUAGGAAAGAAUGGCAAUGUGAUAAAUGCUAUCCGGCAACAGACAAGUGCCAAAGUCAAGGUUGUUGACCCGUACCCUGGUGCAGACAAAAGGGUUAUCCUGGUAUAUUGCUACGUCAAGCAUAGAGACCUUGAUGCUGAGGGUCAUGACAAUGAGCCUGUUUGUGCAGCUCAAGAUGCAUUACUUAGGGUGCACAAUGCAAUUGUUGAUGCACUGCAUACAUUACAAAAGAAUCGUAGAGACUCUGAUAAGAGGAAUACAGAGGAAGCUAACAUUCUUGUGCCAGCUAGUCAGGCCUCAAAUGUUAUAGGAAAAUCUGGUGCUGUCAUCAAGCAUCUUCGAUCAACAUCAAGAGCAUUCAUUAAAGUGAGCCCAAAAGAUCCAAGUGACGCUACACAUUCAUGUGCUAUGAGUUUUGAUAAUUUUGUUCAGAUAACUGGUGGUGCUGAAGCUGUUAAAAAAGCACUGUUUGGAGUAUCAACCAUCAUCUACAAGCACCCAUCAAAAGAGAACAUUCCUCUUGAAACUUCCAUUCCUGAACCUACUCCAAGCAUUAUAAUCCCUUCAGAACUUCCUGUCUAUCCAGCUAGUAACUUUUACUCAGCCCCAGAUGCUGCUAUACCUUCUGUACACCCAAGCAUGUCUAUCUUAGGGUCAACACGUCAUGUUCCUGAACUUGCUCUACCUGCCAAUGAUCAUGGUCGACUGCCUAUUUAUCAAUCUAUUCUUCCAGUUAUUCCUACUUAUAGUGCCCCAAAAUGUUCAGGAGAACUUGAGUUUCGUGUUUUAUGCCCUGGUGGCAAAAUUGGCUUGGUUAUUGGCAGAGGUGGGGCUACCAUAAAGAAUAUAAGGCAAGAGAGUGGUGCAAGGAUAGAUGUUGAUGAUGCAAAGAAUGACAAGGAGGAAAGUAUCAUUACCAUUACAUCCACUGAGGCCACCGAUGAUGUUAAGUCUGCCGCUGUGGAAGCUGUUUUGCUGCUUCAAGCCAAGAUCAAUGAUUAUGAGGAUGAUAGAAUGAAUCUUCGCCUUCUUGUCCCAAAUAAGGUUAUAGGCUGUCUUAUUGGCAGGGGUGGUUCAAUAGUCAAUGACAUGAGGAAGAAGACUAAGGCAAACAUCCUCAUUUCUAAGGGCGAUAAGCCCCGGAGAGCAUCUUCCAGUGACGAACUUGUUGAGGUAUCUGGAGAAGCAGACAAGCUGCGUGAUGCUCUUGUUCAGAUAAUUUUAAGACUUAGGGAAGAUGUUCUGAAAGAGAGUGUUGAAAGCCAAAAUUCUGACAGGGAUGGCAAGCUAACCGUUGCCACCUCUGAUUCCUUAUAUGGAAGCAGUCUUUCUUUGCCUGCAUUAUUACCUCGCAACCCACAAAUUGCCCCCUUGAGCUAUGAUAGAAGAGGUGAAUCUGAGAGAGCUCUGGAAGUAUUCCCUCGUACCAGUUCGUAUGGGUAUAGCUCCAUGCAGGUCACUGAUGAUGGCUAUGGACGACUUCCAUCAUAUACAUCAAAGUCAUAUGAAGAACAUGUACCACGUGUGGAAAUGACUGUCCCUGCUAGUAGCCUGUCAAAAGUAAUGGGAAAACGUGGCACAAAUUUGGACAACAUUAGAAAGAUUUCUGGAGCUCACAUUGAAAUUAUUGAAUCAAAAUCCUCUCGUCAUGACCAUAUUGCUUACAUAUCUGGAACCUCUGAACAGAGGCAGUCUGCUGAGAAUUUGAUCAAAGCUUUCAUAAUGUCUACCUAG